CACUCCUGUGAAGAGUGAAGCUGAAGAGGAAGCUCAGUCCUCUCAGCUUCAUCAAAGACAUACUGAACAGAUGAAAAUAGAAGCUGAUGGGGAUGAUUGUGGAGGACCAGAACCAGCCAGGAACACAGAUGCAGAUAGACCUCCAGAUCCUGAUGAAAAGACUGGAGACUCUUCAGAACCAGAUCCUGAUGACUCUGUUGAUUGGAAGAAGACCAGAGAACCUCAAUCAGGUUUAAACUCGUUGACUAAUGAUGAAGUUUCUGUCAGUGAUUCAAAAUGUAGUUCUAGUGAGAAACCAUUAAGCUGCUCUAAAUGUGGGAAAAGAUUUCACCUCAAAGGAAAUUUUAAGAAACACAUGUUAACUCACACAAGAGAGAAACCUUUCAGCUGCUCAGUCUGUAAAACAUGUUUUGCACACAGUGGAACUUUAAAGAGUCACAUGUUAACUCACACAGGAGAGAAACCUUUCAGCUGCUCAGUCUGUAAAACAUGUUUUGCACACAGUGGAACUUUAAAGAGUCACAUGUUGACGCACACAGGAGAGAAACCUUUCAGCUGCUCAGUCUGUAAAACAUGUUUUGCACACAGUGGAACUUUAAAGAGUCACAUGUUAAUGCACACAGGAGAGAAACCUUUCAGCUGCUCAGUCUGUAAAAGAUCUUUUACAGAGAGGGGACAUUUAAAGAGACACAUGUUAACUCACACAGGAGAGAAACCUUUCAGCUGCUCAGUCUGUAAAACAUCUUUUACAGAGAGCAGUCAUUUAAAGAGACACAUGUUAGCUCACACAGGUGAGAAACCUUUCAGCUGCUCAGUCUGUAAAAGAUGUUUUACACUGAGCAGUAAUUUAAAGAAACACAUGUUAACUCACACAGGAGAGAAACCUUUCAGCUGCUCAGUCUGUAAAAGAUGUUUUACACUGAGCAGUAAUUUAAAGAAACACAUGUUAACUCACACAGGAGAGAAACCUUUCAGCUGCUCAGUCUGUAAAAGAUGUUUUACACUGAGCAGUCAUUUAAAGAGACACAUGUUAACUCACACAGGAGAGAAACCUUUCAGCUGCUCACUCUGUAAAACAUCUUUUGCACGGAGUGGUCAUUUAAAGAGACACAUGUUAACUCACACAGGAGAGAAACCUUUCAGCUGCUCACUCUGUAAAACAUCUUUUGCACGGAGUGGUCAUUUAAAGAGUCACAUGUUAACUCACACAGGAGAGAACUCAUUUUAGUUGUUCUGGUUUUGGUAAAGUUGACAUUCAUUCGACUCCCUCACUUGUCAACAAGACCGUGAGAAACUGGACCUCCCUCGUUUGGGGCAGUGACUCACUUCCAACUGGGAGGACUCUAUCCACUAACCACUACGAAGCCAUCUCCACUAAGAGAAUAUUAUCUGGGUAGAGAAGUCACCGUGUUUGUUUUGUUUAGCUUUACCUGCCCUGUUCUUUGUCAUCGGGUAUUUUGUGAACCCCCGAGUGUUCCUGUUGUGCUUGUAGCUACUGUCAUAGCGAUCCAGUCUGCUGAGCUUUGUUGAGUUGAGAUCCUCCACCAAGAAUAUGUCAGCAGACUGAAUUUCAUCAGUUAUCGGUCCAAUGCCGCGGCUUUUGUGUGAUACAAUUAUAGUUACUGUACUUUACUGCUGCGGUGAGGAUCUGCCUUGUUUAGAGUACUUUCUUCUUAUUUUUGUUUCCAUCCAUCCACUCUCAUCCGCUUAGUCCGGGGUCGGGUCUUGGGGGCAGCAGACCCAGCAGGUUGACCCAGACUUCCCUCUCACCCGCAACAUUUUCCAGCUCUUUCUGGAGGAUCCUGAGGCGUUCCUAGGCCAGCAGCGAGAUGUAAUCCCUCCAGCGGGUCCUGGGUCUUCCCCGGGGUCUCUUCCCAGUUGGACGUACUUGGAAAACCUCUAAAGGGAGACGCCCGAACCACCUCAGCUGACUCCUUUCGAUGCGAAGGAGUAGCGGCUCGACACUAAGCUCCCUCCUGAUGUCCGAGCUCCGUACCCGAUCUCUAAGGCUGAGCCCGGCCACCCUACGCAGGAAACUCAUUUUGGCUGCUUGUAUUGGCUACCUUGUUCUUUUGGUCACGGCCCAAAGUUCGUAAGGAUUGGAACGUAGCCCGACCAGUAAAUUGAGAGCUUUGCCUUUCGGCUCAGCUCCUCUUCACCAAGAGGGUCCGGUAUAGCGCCUGUUUCACUGCUGCAGCCGCACCGAUCCGCCUGUCGAUCUCUCUCCAUCUUACCCUCACUCGUGAACCAGACCCAGAGAUACUUUAACUCCUUCGCUUGGGGCACUCUGUCCCACCUGGAGGAUCAAUCCACCGGUUUCCGGCAGAGCACCAUGGCCUCAGAUGUGGAGGUGCUGACUCUCAUCCCCGCCACUUCAAACUCAACUGCAAAACGCCCCAGUGGUGAUACACAAUAUUAUGGAAUUUGAUGAUUAUUGUUAAGGUUACAGUUUUAAAGAGCAGUCUCUGUGAUUAUUUUCUGCACAUGUGUUGUAAUGAUAGCUGGUUGUUAUCAUCAGAGCUCAGAUUCAAACCUUCACUGGUCGCCAUUAGCUAGCCAAUGCUAUUUUAAGUUGACAUGUGUGAUGGCAAAAACUAACCAAUAUAAUCACACCAGAGCUAAAGCUGUAGCUAGACUUCAUCCAGUUUGCAGAGUAAAAUCUUUAGGAUGAAUUGUUUAAAUUUCAAGUGAAACAUAUAGUGUAUUUGGGUUUUCUUUUAGCACCUACAGUACUGAAGUAGCACUGGGGGCGGAGCUCUUGAGGAGAGUUAAGCCCCAAGUCUUGGUACCAAUCGAUUCUAUUGACUCUUAUAUAUGUGUAUAUGUAUAUAGGUAUAUAUUAGGGAUGCACCGAUCUGAUCGGCGCCGAUCCAUAUCGGCCGAUAUUCCC